AUGAGCCCCUCUGCCACCGAGACUCUCAUAAGAGAGGCACCUACGAAAUAUCCUAUCAUUCCUCUCCGGCAGCAGAAGACGGAUCCAAUAAGCACAGAGCAACCUACCACACAUCUCGAGAUCCCGGAGUCCAAAGAACAGAACCUCGAACGGCAUUUGCCCAUUCCGGGUCCAGCAUUAGAGCGGCUGCAAAGAGCCGGGAUAGAUCUUUCAAAUGGGUACCCGGACUAUCCUCGCAAGCUUACUUGGCUAGAGGAUGCCUUGGAGUUGGAGCCCAAGGACCGCGAAUACGUCGACCCAGGUAGUCGUGCCGAUCCAGACAAGAAAGCCUUGCUCGGGGCUGCUAAGGAAGUAAGGCACCUGGCGAAACAUAUAGGCACAGAAAUCGUGGGACUCCAGUUGAAGGACUUGACCCCACAGCAGAAAGACGAGUUGGGACUUCUCAUUGCAGAGCGAUCAGUCGUCUUCUUCCGCGAUCAGGAUCUGAGCCCUCAGCAACAGCAGGAAUUAGGGAAGUGGUACGGCGAUAUCGACAUUAGUCAUGUAAACCCUUAUGUUCCUGGUGUACCGGGUGCACAGGUCAUUUGGCCGGACCUGAUGAGGACAUCUAAGCCGGCCGACUUUCGCCAUCCAGGCGGCAAUUCUCGAUGGCACACUGAUGAGGGACACGGGAAGUAUCCAGCCGGAAUUACUCAUGUCCACCACGACACAGUGCCGGAUAUCGGAGGCGACACACUCUGGGCCUCUGGCUACUCUGCGUACGAGAAACUGUCGCCAUCCUUCCGGAAGGUCAUUGAUGGGCAAUAUGCCGUUAUUAAGGGUUCUGUCCAAUUUCUUUCCAAGUCGAAUCCUACCGGAGGCCCGGUCUCGAUCGAAAGAACCCAUCCUUUGGUGCGUGUCCACCCCGCGACAGGAUGGAAGUCGUUGUACGUCAACCGCUCUUGGACCUCACACAUCGUCGGAUUCGACAAGGCUGAGAGUGAUCUGAUUUUGGGCUAUCUGUUUGAUGUGUACGAGAAGAAUCCGGAUAUCCAGGUUCGAUUUCAAUGGACUCCGCGGACAAGCGCUUUAUGGGAUAAUCGUACGACCAUUCACGUUGUAAGCUGGGAUUAUGAAGGCGAGGAACCCCGGCAUGGAACCAGGGUUAUCUCGCUAGCCGAGAAGCCGUAUUUCGAUGCAAAGGCGCCGACCAGAAGAGAGGCACUAGGUCUGGGUGAAUGA